AUGGAUUUCAGUGAUUAUGGCGUGGUUAUCUUGGACACUAAAUCGAGGGAGAAAGGAGAAAGCGGGUCCUUCGAAAUGAGAACUUUCAUCAAAUUUUCCAAGUCUCUUUGGCCCAAAGCCCAGCACGAUGCGAAUGCGCAGAGAGGUGGUCGAAGAAUCGCAGAUACAUUCAAAGCGUUCUUUACUGUGGGAGGACCUAAAGCGCUUGCGCCGCCGUUGGAAGCCACUGACCGUGUUGGGGAAGCCAUCGCUUGGGAUAUGUACAGUGGCGAUGUAGGGCUCAAAUGCGGAUCUCUCUUGAAUUGGCCAAAUUGCGAGCGCGAGGCUCCUCAGGGACAGAGCACUCUGGACAGAUUUUUAACUGAUGCACCACCUGACUCCAUCACGCUUUCUAUACCAAGCGAGAAAGAACUACUGGAUAGCCAAAUAGUCAUCGUCCUUUUGAAAUUUGAUCACAAGAAAAGAAAAGAGGAGGCAGAGUAUUUUUCACGGGAGUUCAGUUAUGUGCAAUUCGACGCUAAAAGGAAUAAGUACUUUGCUCCCGAGAAACUCCAGAUAACAAGAGAGAAACAGGAAUGGCUUUCCGCAAGGGCAAAGGAUAUUGUGGUCUUCACUACAUCGAUGUCUGAAAGUAUAGCACUCCCACUGAUUCGCUUAAAACACCUCUUCUCUCAUUAUGAGUCUCCCACAAUUCAAGUCUUAUGUGCGGAUUUUACAUGGCUUAAAAAAGGUGAAUCCAUUUCUCUUUGCCCUGACGGUCACUUUGCUGUGACGAAACAGACGCCAGGUACCGAUAAUAUUUGCGAUAAUAACGAUGAACGUAUGCUGACCGCAUCUUUCGAAGACAUUUGCCGUCACGAAGAGCCAAUGUCGCAAAAUCAAGUGUCUAAUGAAGAUAUGCCAAUGGAUAUAGACGAAAUGUAUGAACCACAUUUUGAAGCGGUCAUGGAUAGCGAUGUCGACUUAGUGUCAACUUCAGAUCAGGCAGCUGGACAUCCUUCACUUCAGGCUUUUUGCAGAACUUUUACUCAACUAUUGCUGCUGUCAAUUCUACUUCCAACUUCAACGUGUUUCAAGUGUGCAGUUAAUUUCUAUAGAACGUACAAUACAUUCAAAGAUGGCGAAGGCUACUGUAUCGUACACAUUCCAAAAAUGUGCAGAAAAAAAUCAUAUAUUCGAGUUGACGGCCUACCUAAAAGCGAAGUUUCUAGUCUGGUGAAACCUGGCUGUAUUCGCAAUGUCGAUAAUGGCGCUGUAGCAUGUUUCUGUCAGAAGGAUUUCUGCAACAUAGACUUUGACUUCUUGCAGCAACAAUAUAAAGAUUCUGGCGAUGAAAAACGGAACAAGACGGAAUUCAAAAGAAUCAUGCAGUGCUUUGAUAAAUUGAAAAAAGAUUUUGGAGCGCCGCGCCCUGCCAAGUACAACGAACUGGAUACUCGUGAUAACCAGCCCAAUGAAAGCGACGGUGGGGGAGGCGGCGGUGAUGAUGGCAGCGGAGGAAAAGGGGGUAAAGGCAAAGAUGGAGGAAGCUCUUCUGGAGGCGGCGGAGGUGAUGGAGACGGCAGCGGAAGCGGUGACGAUGGAAGUGGAGGUGGAGGAGGAAGCGGCGGCAAAGGAGGUAAAAAACCAGGCGGCGAUGGCAGUGAUAGCGACGAUGCUAAUGGAGGUGGAGGAGGCAAAGGCAAAGGCGGAAAAGGCAGUAAAGAUGGCGGAAGCGGAAGUGGUAGCGGCACUGACGGAGAAAAUGGAGACGGCGGAAGUGGUGGUGGAGGAGGAAGCGGCGACAAAGGAGGUAAAUCAGGCGGCGAUGGCAGUGAUAGCGACGAUGCUGGUGGAGGUGGAGGAGGCAAAGAUAAAGGUGGAAAAGAUAGUAAAGAUGGCGGAAGCGGAAGUGGUAGCGGCAGUGACGGAGCCGGUGAAGGUGGAAAAGGAAAUGGAGCAGAUGGAGGUAAUGGUGGAAGUGGUGGUGACGGUGACGGAAGUGGUGGCGGAAAAGGAGAUGGCAGCGGAAAAGGAGAUGGCAGCGAUAAAGGAGAUGGUAGCGGAGAAGGAGGUAGCGGCGGAAAAGGGGAUGGAAGUGACGGAGGAGGGUCUGGAAGUGGCAGCGGUGGAAGUGGAGACGGCACUGGUGGAGGUGACUCCGGUGGAAGCGGAGGUGGCAGCGGAGCAGGAGGAGCAGACGGAAAUAAGGAUAAUCUCGGUAGCGGAGAUGGCAGUGGUGACGUGCAUGGAGAUGAUGCCAAUCGCGCUGGUGGCGGAAAAAAUAGUAUCGGAAAGAAAAAAGAGGACGACAAGGGAGGAGUUGAUUUCAUGAUGAUUUUCAUCUUCAUUGUCUUCGGGAUCGUGUUACUGGUACUGGUUAUUGUUGGAAUUAUGCUGUUGGCUAGACAUCGCAAAGAACGGCAAGAAAGAGCAUCGAAAAAAACGAAGAAAACUAAGACGAAGACAGAAACGAAGAAGGCGAAAACGCCGAAGAAAACGUAAAAUUAUACCCAAGACAAGAUACUACAAUUGUGUCAAAUGUUUUACUUUGCUCUGUAGAUAGUCAC